GCAGAAGAGGAGUUCACAUCAGCGGCAGAGAGCAGCGCGUGGACGGGUCCCGUUUGAAGCGACGAACCACACCCCGAAACACGAGUCUUAAACCCGGAUUAAAACCUCUAAACUGGACCAAAGACUGAACCAAACCCAAAGAUGGCUUCACGCGCGAGGGAAGAGUCUUGCUGAGCCACAGGUUGAAUGAUGAAGUUCGGGAAGAGCGUGUGCGUGCUGAACGUGGGGGGAACCCGUUACGCCUUCACCCGCGAAGUGAUUAGGGAUUUCCCUCUGAGGCGCGUGAGCCGUCUGCACGCGUGCGUCACCGAGAAAGAAGUCCUCGAGCUCUGUGAUGACUACGACCGGGACCGAAACGAGUUUUUCUUUGACCGUCACGCGCAGGCUUUCGUGUUCAUCAUGCUGUACGUGCGCUCUGGCAAACUCCGCUUCGUCCCCGGGAUCUGCGAGCUUUCCUUUUACUCCGAGAUGCUCUACUGGGGACUGGAGAGCGCGCAUCUGGACUCGUGCUGCCAAAAGCGCUUGGAUGACCGCAUGUCAGAGGUCGGACUGGACACUUUGUCUGUGUCCGGGGAAGAGCCACAGAGUCCGGGGGAGGCAGCGCUCACCGGCCGCGCCAGAUGGAUGGAGAAAAUGCGAAAAACAUUUGAAGAGCCCAACUCGUCUGUGGCGGCGCAGCUUUUGGCGACUAUCUCUGUGAUUUUUGUCAUUAUUUCUAUGGUUAUGCUUUGUGCCAGCACUUUACCGGACUGGGACACGGCGAAGAGGAACACCGUAGAGGAGCACAGGAUCGUGGAGGCCGUUUGCAUCGGUUGGUUCACCGCUGAGUGCAUUGUGCGGUUUCUAGUCGCUCGGAGCAAGUGGGAUUUCCUUCGUCGUCCUCUGAACAUCAUCGAUGUCAUUGCUAUCACCCCGUACUACGUCACCAUGGCAUUAGCCGGAGCGGGAAUGCCAGGGGCCGGACUCGGAGUAGCCGGAAUCAUCUUACGAAUUUUACGAAUGAUGCGGGUAUUUUGGCUAAUGAAGCUAGCUCGGCACUUCCUGGGCCUGCAAACUCUUGGGCUAACGCUACGCCGAUGCUACCGGGAAAUGGUGAUGCUGAUGGUUUUCGUGUUCGUUGCCAUGGCGAUUUACAGCGCGCUAGCCCAGUUGCUAGAGCACGGUCUGGACAAGGAAUCACCGAAUAGCGAUUAUGCUAGCAUUCCGGCAGCGGCGUGGUGGGUGAUCAUCUCCAUGACGACGGUUGGGUACGGGGAUGUGUACCCGAUAACGAUUGCGGGACGGGUGCUAGGAGGGUUUUGCGUGGUUAGCGGGAUAGUCCUGCUAGCAUUACCCAUAACAUUUAUCUACCACAGUUUUGUACAGUGUUACCAUGAACUGAAACUUCGCUCAGCCCGAUACGCUCGCAGUCUGGUUGCCGUGGAGAUAACGCAGUGAGAUUUUACAAACUUUACAAAGUAGAACACAAUGAGGACCUCCAUUUUUACCCCUGCUCUGUCCCUUUAUCUGUACAGCAUAAGACGACUCUACUGUGUAUUCAGAUAAGAUGUCUGUGUAAUCCCUCGGUCGUCCAGGUAUGACCC